ACCAGGACCUUCCAACAGAACAAUUAUGGUUCGAUCUAAUUUUACUCAGCAGAAUUUGUCAAACAACUACAAUAUGCUGGGGACCAUGGCAUGGAAUGCAUCUUGCAAAAACUGGCUGGUAGCAGAGGCUGCCCUGGAAAAGUACUACCUUUCCAUUUUUUACGGGAUUGAGUUCAUCUUGGGAGUCCUUGGGAAUAGCACUGUUGUUUUUGGCUACCUCUUCUGUCUGAAGAACUGGAACAGCAGUAACGUCUAUCUCUUUAACCUCUCUAUCUCUGAUUUGGCUUUUCUGUGCACACUGCCCAUGCUGAUGAAAAGUUAUGCCCAUGGAGAAUGGACAUAUGGCGACGUGCUCUGCAUCAGCAACCGAUACGUGCUGCAUGCCAACCUCUACACCAGCAUUCUCUUCCUCACUUUCAUCAGCAUCGAUCGCUAUCUGCUCAUGAAGCAUCCUUUCCGAGGGCACCUUCUGCAGAAGAAAGAGUUUGCUGUUUUAAUCUCUUUGGCCAUUUGGGUUUUGGUGACCUUAGAGCUCAUGCCCAUGCUGCCUUUCAUCAAGCCCAUUACUAUGGACAGUAACACCAAGUGUAAUGAUUAUGCAAGCUCUGGGGACCCUAAACUCAGCUUCAUUUACAGCAUGUGUCUAACCUUCUCCGGAUUCCUCAUUCCCCUUUCUGUGAUGUGCUUCUUUUAUUUCAAGAUCGCUGUCUUCCUAAAGCAGAGAAUCAGGCCGCAGGCGACCACUUUGCCCUUUGACAAGCCUCUCAACUUGGUCGUAUUAGCAGUCGUGAUCUUCUCUGUGCUUUUCACUCCCUACCACAUCAUGCGGAACGUGAGAAUUGCUUCACGCCUGUGGAUGCAGCCCCAAUGUACUCAGGCCAUCAUCCACUCUUUGUACAUUGUGACUCGGCCUUUGGCCUUUCUGAAUAGUGUCAUCAACCCUGUCUUCUAUUUCCUCGUGGGAGACCAAUUCAGGGAGAUGUUGACAAAUAAACUGAGGCACCACUUUAAAUCCCUUACAUGCUUUAGAAGAUGAGCUGGUGGACUAAC